AUGUCGCACACAAUCAAAUCGCUGCCAACUUCGACGGCAACUUACGAUGGCUCUCUUUUGCGCGUAGCGAUUGUUCAUGCCCGCUGGAAUGCGACCGUGAUCGACUCGCUUCUGAAAGGUUGUGUGGAGAAACUUAAGGCAAGUGGCGUCAAGGAGAGCAACAUCAUCGUUCAGAGUGUCCCUGGAAGUUUCGAACUUCCGUUGGCUUGCCAAAAGGUCAUCGCUGGCUCGCAUGUCCAGGCAGCAUCAAACGUUACCGACUUGCUUGGAGGACUGAGUUUCGGUGGUAAUUCACGGUCUGGUACCCCAGCUCCACCCUCGGCCUCACCCGUGGUUGUCGCCAUGCCCAAUGAGCCGUUUGACGCGGUCAUUGCUAUUGGUGUCCUUAUCAAGGGCGCUACGAUGCACUUUGAAUAUAUUUCGGACGCGGUGUCGCAUGCGCUCAUGAAGGUCCAGCUCGACACUGGCGUGCCCGUCAUCUUUGGUGUUCUAACUGCCCUCACCGACGAUCAAGCGUUGGAGCGAUCUGGCCUGAAGGAAGGAGGGCAUAACCACGGUGAAGACUGGGGGCUCGCCGCUGUGGAGAUGGGCUCGCACGUUAGGCGAUGGAGAGAAGGCAAAUUCAACUAA